ACCACGCGUUUGUGCCAUCGCUCUCGUCGUCGCCGUCCGUUCGCCGCCGCCGUUGAUCGACACGACGUAGAGCCGCAAUCUCAGCACAGUCGAUUUUAAAUCGUUUUUACACCGCAUAGGCCCAGGUCAAGCUCAUUCCUCGUCUGCAACGAUCACAGACGAUCGUUGCCGAUUAACUGCAAUAAUUGCACUUCUGCAAGCGCAAUCACAGCAGUAGUGCGACAUUUCCAGUGAUAUAUUAUUAUAUUGGAAUUUCGUCGUCGUCGUCGCUGUAAAAAGUCGCGCGGGACGACCAUGAAACUUCAGACAUUUUCGUCGGGCGGCAGCACGCCGUCGCCACAAGGCUUCUCGCUGUCGCCGACAGCCGGCACCAGCGUCCGGUGGUCGCACUGGAACAGCGCGUUCUGUCCAGUUCGCACGGCCGCCGCGGCCGGGGACAUAUCCUCCGCCGAGAUGCCGUAUCCCGCGAUGGUCACUCCCGGCCACAUGAUGCCGUACAGAUUCAUCAACGUGGGCAAUCCGCCGUACAAUUGGCCGGUCGUGAUACCGUACCCGCCGCUGCCCACAGCAGCCAAUCAUCCGUCGUUCUACUUGUCCAACACCGGUAUCGAAUACCACCGCCAGGUCCAGCUGCAGCUCAAUUACAUACAGCAGCAGCAACACGAUCGGUUCCGGCAGCAGAUCUCGCCGGACAGGGCCAGCCUGGACGCGGCCGGCCAGACGCCCGAAAUGGCCAGAUUCGAUGAAGUUUCUGAAACGCCAUUGAACUUGUGCAUCAAAAAACGAAGUCAAGAAAUUUGGUCGCCCGGAAGUCUGUGCGAGAAGGAAAAGUCGCCCGUUGCCCCGGAAACUUUAACAGACAAUGUAUUGGGAGUAGAGAGAUCUUUCCAGUGUAAGCUGUGCUACAAGACUUUCAAGCGUUCUUCAACACUAUCGACUCAUCUACUAAUUCACUCUGAUACGAGACCGUAUCCGUGUCAAUUUUGUGGUAAACGGUUCCACCAGAAGUCGGAUAUGAAGAAGCACACUUAUAUUCAUACUGGUGAGAAGCCGCACAAGUGCGUGGUGUGUCUCAAGGCGUUCAGCCAGUCGUCCAACUUGAUCACGCACCUGCGCAAACACUCUGGUUAUAGGCCAUUCCCGUGUGGCCUGUGCGACAGGGCAUUCCAGCGGAAGGUGGACCUGCGCAAGCACCGCGAGACCAUGCACCCCGGAUCACCGGCCGCUCAGCAAUACCACAUCACUAGCACCACGGCCGCGGUGGCCGACCAGCAGACCGCCGUCUCCAUUGCCGCACUGCAGGCGCCGUCCACUGUUGCCGCCACUGCUUCCGCAGUCGCCGCCGCCGCCGCCACCGCCGCUGCCGCUACAGCCUCGGCCAUAGACGCCGCCGUGGCCGGAAGUAGCGGCACGCUCAGUUAAUGGGCACGCCGCCCGAAUGACGCGUCGAAAGUCACUCGUUCUUUUUUCGGUGCCCAAGUACACUGCCGCACUAGUCUCUGCCGCGGCUGGCUUGGACACCGAAACGAGCACGAACUUUCAGCGCUCUCUUUUUCGUCGGAGGUUCGACGUCCGCGCAAGCGCAGACGGUGAACACCGUCGCAGCAACACAUUCAAGACUAUAUUAAAAAAAAAACUAUUAUAUUAUAUAUAGUAUUAUAUUUAAGUACGCGCAGCCGACAACGGCCAAGUCCGAACAACGCCGCUCGAGAAAACGACCCGGCUAUCGGAAUUUUGUCGAAUUUUCGUACCAGUUCGAGGACCGAAUAAUUAUUAUUCGUCGGCGAACACGCACGAAAACUCGACAAAAUUAAUGCGAUCAAUAUACAAGCCGCAACACGUGAAGACGGUAGUGUAUACAUAAUAUUAUUAUAUUAAUAUAUAACAUACAUCGUUACGAAUUACGAGCGGCCGAUCAGGGUGGUCUGCGCCGGGUUAGUCCCUUUACGCGAGUUUCACAGAAACAAAACUUAAAAAAAAAAGAAGAAAACAUUCGUUCGCCCCGGGACGCCGGUGCAGGUCUCUCGGGACGCAUCGGACUCGCGCGAGCAUAUGGUUGCCAUCACCCAAAGACCACCGAAACGGCGUCUCGUGUAUAAUUAAUAUAAUACUAUAAAUCAUAUAUUAUUGGGUCGCGUAUAACGUAUAAUAGUAAUAUAUAUACACGUGUAAUAUAUAACACGUUCGUCGAGGAAAACCCGAAAAUCGCGUCGAAUUUGCGUGUGCUCCUACUUGGACCUACUGCGACGGGACGAGAGCAGCACACGUGUUCGCCUUGACGUGCUGCGGCAGUACAAUAAUAAUAUGUUUGCACUGGAUAAGACGUCGUGAUUUAUAGUUAUCGGCCGCGAUAAGAACCAAGCGUGCAGUGUAUAUAUCGUUAUAGUCAACAGACCAUAUUUUUAUUACUAUUAUUGUAUAAUAUUAUUAUUGUAACGUCGAGUCAUAUAUAUAUAUCAUAAAAUAUAGUUCAUUACGAUCGUAACCCGCAGCAGUUCGCGCACAUACGGCGGGCGUCGAACCAUACGGAUUCCUCUGUUUGUAUAUUGCGCAGCUAACCGUUAAAACAUCGAAGCGGAUAUUAUGCGCGCAUCUCUAGUCCGUCCUCGUUUACCAAUCGGUUCUACACAAAUGUGCAGAAUCGUGUAAUAAAAUAUAUAUUAUGAUGUUAUGGCCUCUGUGUUAGGUAUUUUUUUGUUAUUACCAUUAUCAUUCAGGUGCGUUGGCUACUUGCCGAGCCGCGUCGGGCUCCGUAUUUUCAACGCAACUUGGACAAUAUUGAACACGACACGACUCGGCGAUUAGCGAACGCGGCUUUAUUAUUAUUAAUAAUAACAUUAUAUACGCAUUCGCCCCACAUAUACAAAAUAUUAUGUUCGAAAAAAAUGACCCAAAAAAAUAUUUUCACAACAGUUUAUCUGUUAUUACUUUUCUGUACAUAUACAUAACAUUAUUAUUGCGAUUUCAAUUGCAUUUUUAGCGUAUUAUUAUUGGCCGUUGUACCGAUGAUUAUUAUCCGAUACGCUUACGCAGAGUUAUACGCGUGGUAGCGGAUCAGUACAAUUUUUAGGCACGAUAAAAUAAAAUGUGUACAUUUUCAGAAAAAAAAAAAAAAAAACAUAAAAAAAACUUUUUACCGGC